AUGGGGCAGUCCGGGUCCAGACUUAACACCAAUCCCUCUCACAUUCGCCGGGUUCGAUUCUCUUUUGACACUGGUGAAUCUGCUGGUGGCAGACGACGAGACAGUGACUUUGAAAUUCCUCCGCCGAUUUCAGACCUAGAUGUUGGGCACAGUGAAUCAGAGCGCAGGGGUUCGAGGGCAGAGCUGCGCAGAUCAUCCAUCUACAGCACCUUAGACUUGGUACCGCAGCUAGAGUACUACACCAGUACUUUGCCACGCUGGCAGAGGAGGAGUCGUCCUUCUCUGGAGGUUCUCCGCAAGACAACUGAUGACAUGGAGGCAGGAAACACCAGCAGGUCAGGAUCAGUCAGCAAUCUCCCAGACAGUGAACUACAGGAUUCUGGCAGAAAACCGCCAGCACGGUUAGGCUGGAUGACGGGAGUCAUGUUGAGGUGUAUGCUCAACAUGUGGGGCGUCAUCCUGCUUCUAAGACUGUCCUGGAUCACGUCUCAGGCUGGAAUCUUGCUGACCUGGCUGAUUAUCCUGUUGUCUAUGAUGGUAACCACGGUAACUGCUCUUUCCAUCUCUGCAAUGGCCACCAAUGGGAGAAUCACAUCAGGUGGGUCCUACGUCAUGAUCUCCCGCUCUCUGGGCCCUGAAAUCGGGGGCCCCGUCGGGAUGAUCUUCUCCUUUGCCAACACUCUGGCUUGUGCACUCAGCACAGUGGGCUUUGCAGAGGUGGUCAGUGAUUUACUGCAGGCGUUUGAUGUCACCAUGGUCAGUUACAUCAACGACAUCCGUAUUAUUGGUGUGAUCACCGUGACUGCCUUUCUUCUCAUUUCAUUUGCUGGAAUAAGAUGGGAUUCCAAGACACAUGUUUGGUGUUUCAUGUUGGUUUACAUAGUGUCUUUUGCCAAUUACUUUGUGGGUACAGUCAUUACUCCAAGUCCACAGACACAAGCCCAAGGCAUCUUUGGAUACCGCAGUGACAUUUUUGUAUCCAACCUCAAACCUGACUGGCGUGGCCCUGAAGGCACCUUUUUCCAAAUGUUUGCCAUUUUCUUCCCCUCCACCAUCGGCAUCCUGUGUGGAGCCAACACCUAUGAAAACCUCAGAGAACCCAGCACUGCUAUCCCCAAAGGCAGCCUCAUGGCCAUUUUGUGGACCACAAUUAGCUAUUUAGCCAUCUCAGCAACCAUCGGAUCUAGUGUGAUACGAGACGCUUCUGGAAACAUCAGUGACAUUGUAACAGCAAAUGUCACUGAUUACUGUGUGGGCCUUGGAUGCAACGUGGGCUGGAACUUCACAGCGUGCACGGAUCUGCAGUCUUGUAAAUACGGUCUGGCCAACAGUUUUUCGGUCCUGGGCCAAGCCUCUGGUUUUGCCUAUCUGGGAACAGGUGGUACUUUUGUGGCCAGUUUGACGUCUGCUCUUGGCUUUUUUGUUUCCGCUCCUAAAAUCUUUCAGCAUUUAUGUAGAGACAACAUUUAUCCAUACAUUGGAUUCUUUGCAAAAGGUUAUGGGAAAAGAGACGAGCCACUCCGGGCGUACCUCCUGUGCUACGUUGUUGCAUCAGCCUUUAUAGUUAUCGCUGAUCUGAACACUAUCGCAGUUUUGAUCUCCAACUUCUUCCUGUGUUCCUACUGCCUCAUCAACUUUAGCUGCUUUCAUGCUUCCAUCACCAACUCACCAGGUUGGAGACCGUCAUUUAACUACUACACCAAAUGGACAGCUUUGUUUGGGGCUGUGAGCUCUGUGGUCCUGAUGUUCUUGUUCACCUGGUGGGCCGCUCUCAUCACCGCCUGCGUUAUUUUUUUCCUCUUUGGAUAUGUCAACUACAACAAGCCAAAGGUGAACUGGGGCUCUUCAGUCCAGGCAGGGAUAUACAACAUGGCUCUGUCCUACUCUGUCUCCCUGACAGAUGUGGAGGAUCACGUCAAGAACUUCAGACCCCAGUGUCUCGUCCUAACCGGGUCCCCGAACCAAAGGCCAGCCCUGGUGGACUUUGUCUCCUCCUUCACCAAGAACAUGAGUCUCAUGAUCUGCGGAGACAUUGUCAGAGAGCAGGACAGUCAGACACGAACACCUGACACUACAGAAUGGCUGGUGAAGUGGUUGAACAAGAGAAGGGUGCGUUCGUUUUAUACUCCUAUCACCACUGACAGUCUCAGAGUCGGAGCCCAACACCUGUUGCAGUCCACUGGUCUCGGCAAAUUAAAGCCCAAUACUCUGGUUCUGGGCUUUAAGACCAACUGGAGCCAGAGUUCUCCAGAGGGCAUCGAAGAUUACAUCCAUACCAUUUUUGAUACAUUUGAUUCCAACUUCUCCGUAUGCAUCCUGAGGAUGAUGUAUGGACUGGACGUGUCCGACCAGUUUAUCUUUGAAGAGAACCCUGUCUUUGAAUCUGACGAUAAUGAUAAACAGCAGCUUCCUGACAUAGAACCAGAAAAUUGACCUAUUGUUGACUGUUCUGCAGUUGACCCUCCCUACAGUGGAGGAGACAGUGAUCAGACGAGGACAGUCUUUCAGAACGACCAGAGGAAGAAGACCAUCGAUGUCUACUGGGUGGCUGAUGACGGGGGUCUAACUCUACUGGUGCCGUAUCUGUUUACCAGAAGAAAACGCUGGAGAAACAGUAAAGUCAGGGUCUUCAUUUUGGGAGAUGAGCAAAAUGUGGAGGAAGCACGCAACAAAAUGUUGGCUCUGCUGAGGAGGUUCCGCCUGGACUUUAACGAGGUCAUUGUGAUAACAGACAGUGAGAAGCAACCACACACCAAAAACCUUAAUCGAUUUACAGACACCAUCGCCCCCUUCAGGCUGUUUGAUGAACAACAGGAGGAGGUCUCCGUGGAGGAGCUCAGGCGUCAAAACCCGUUGAAAAUAUCUGACCAAGAGUUUGAGAUGUUCAGGUGGAAGUCUGAAAGGAAAGUGAGGCUGAACGAAAUCAUGCGGAGUAAUUCACAACACGCUGCUCUCCUGCUGGUAAGCAUCCCUGUGCCACAGAGAGACUGCCCCAGUGCUCUGUACAUGGCCUGGCUGGACACUCUGACCUACGGCCUACACUGCCCGGCGGUGCUAAUACGAGGAAACCAGCAGAAUGUCCUCACGUUCUACUGUCAGUAAGACAACACACCUGAGGAAUGGACAUGUCUCAGUGGGGCAGCCUUUGAUCACUUAAUAACCUGACAACAAAGGAACUUUACUUAUGGAAAUGGAUUUAGAGAUGUGUUUUAAGGUGGACAGGUUUCAUGAUGGAUUUAUGAUUAACAACAACAGUUUGCAUUUUGACUACUUGCUUUCUUAAUAACAAUCACACGCUUUUUAAACAGAAAUUUAACAAAACAAGGCACAUUCACCUUUCCCUAAAGUUCUUUAUUCUGUUUGAGGAUUUUCUGUAUUUGGUAAAAUCUCAAUGUGUAAAAUAAAUUGAAGUAGUCAUUUAGUUGUUUCAACGAGGGGCUGGGAAAGUUCCUCUUACGCAGCUAAUGAGUGCAUAGCUGUGAGAGGUUUCAAAGUUAUACCAUGUGACUGGAGGUCUUUAUGAAGAUGUGACCGCUGAAUUGAUGUCAAAUAUUUAAAGAUUCCUUCUUCUGAAAUGUUAAUUCCCAGUGUUUAGGAAAAUAAAAAAUAAAAGACCCCAUUUAUUCAUGAAACAAAACAACACAAGACAAGAGAUAGCAUAUAUGAGUAAUUCACAGAAGGAUUGAGAAGCAUGGUUGUUAGUAAAUUAUCAGAGUUUUCAAACUACAGCUUUGAAACUGAGCAUCACUUACAAAUGAAUUGCCUAUGUCUUGCAGUUUUCAUACUGUGCAUUUUGUAUUUUUCUUCUUUCUAUAUUUUGCAUUAUUUUUUCAUUCAUUUUUGUUUUUGGUUGUUUUGAUGUGUAGAAAAAAAAUUCCCAUACAAUCAUAAUUGUCUUUCUUAUGUUUUCUUUUAUAAUGACAGAAUUUUGACAACCUUUGACCUAUCUACAGUUCUAUCUACGAUUGGCUUCAUUUAACCCCUUGUGAAUUUAACUUUUCAAACUGAAAAUAAUUAUGGAUGGAUGGUGUGAGUCAGAAGCUCAGAGAGCAGCAUCAGAGUGAAGGUCUUGGGGGAAGAGGUUUUUACACAGUUGUGUUGUUAGUUGUGUUAAUUUUGAAUUAUUUAUAAAUAAACAGGACUGACAUUGAACUGUGUUUGUAAACUUACAAUGGCAUAGCAGAAGCUGAUGGAACCAAAAACAACUAAAAUGCUGCAAAAAAUAUCUUAAACCAGUGGUUCUCAAACUUUGGUACGUGUACCACCAACGGUACGUGUACCACCAACGGUAUGCGAGCACUUUCUAGUGGUACGCAGGGAU